AUGGCGGUAGCUUUGAAUAUGCAGCGGCUGGUGGUGCUCCUCGUCGUGCUGCCGGUUGGCUUCGUCCUGGUGCUCGACAAGGCGGCUGACGGAGCGCCGUGGCCGUUCUGGCCGCCGGGCGGCGACCCAGGCGGCUGCCUGAGCUGGCGGGUGAUGGUGGAGGCCAACAACGCCAAGAACUGGCGCACGGUGCCGGCGCCGUGUGUCGGCUACGUCUGGGCCUACAUGUCCUGGGGCCAGUACAGCAGGGACGUGGGCACCGCCGCGGACGAGAUCGCCGCCUACGCCGCGAGCCAGGCCCCCUCCGGCGAGGACGGGCUCGACGCCUGGGUCCUCGACGUCGACGACACGUGCCUGUCCAACCUGCCCUACUACCAGGCCAGGCAGUUCGGGCCGUACGACCCGGCGGCGUUCAAGGCGUGGGCGAGCAGAGCGGCUUGCCCGGGGAUACCGGCAAUGGUGAGGGUGUUCCGUACACUCAAGGCAGGAGGCUUCAGGGUGUUUCUGCUCUCCGGGAGAGACGAGGAGGCGCUGGGCGCCUGCACGGCCGCCAACCUCGCCGCCGCCGGGUUCGCUGGCUAUGACCGACUCAUCAUGAGGAGCGCGGGUUACCGGGGCCAGAGCUCGGUGGUGUUCAAGUCAUCGGUGCGGCGAAGGUUGAUGGAGGAGGAGGGGUACCGGAUCCGUGGCAACGUGGGCGACCAGUGGAGCGACUUGCAGGGCGACUACACCGGAGACCGCCUCUUCAAAGUCCCCAACCCAAUGUACUUCGUCCCUUGA